AUGAGCUCUACUGUUGAACGAAGAAAAUCUACACAACUUAUGAAGAAAUCUUCAUCAGAUGCUAAAAUCCAUAAGUCUAAAUCUAUGAUAAAUAUUGUCAAACCAGUUACAAUGAGUAAACAAGCACCAGGAACUUUUAAAGAAGAUAAAUAUGAUUUGAAAGUUACAUUAUCUGCACAACAACAAUUAAAUAAUUUUCAUAAAGGAAUGGUUUGGGACUAUUCAUUUAAUAUUGAUGGAACAUUACUUGCUACAGCAGGUAAAGAUGGUAAAAUUAUGGUUUGGGAAAUUGUUGAUGGGCUAGUUAAAAAAGAAGUAAAAACAAUAUUUACAAAACAUACUGGAGAAAUCGUUUCUGUAAUUUUUAUAGAAAAUAAUAUUAUUUGUUCUUCUUCUACAACAAAAGAAUUGUUUGUAUGGAAUGCAAUAAACGGUGAACAAAUUAAAACUAUUUCAAUUGAUGAUGUUUGUCUAUGCUUAAAAUAUUGUAAAGAGAAUAAACGAUUUAUUGCUGGUUUACUUAAUGGACAAGUAUUUUGUUAUAACACUGAUAAAUAUGAACAAAUUAGAGAAUAUGAUGUUCAUUGUGCUGUAACUGCAGUUGAAAUUUAUUGUGAAGGAGAAGAAGCUACUGGGUAUAUUGUUGGAACACUUGAAGGUACUAUACUAGCAUUAUAUGAUUAUGAUGAUAAGAUGCAACUUGUUAAAACAUCUUCAUUGAAAGAAGACAUCCUUAUUUCAAGUAUUAUUGUAAAUGUUAAAGACCGUAUUUGCUAUAUUACGUAUGCAAAUAAUAAAGUUAUUAUUUAUACUUUAAUUGAUUUUGAUAUGAUAAGUAGAUAUAAGGGAAUGACAACAAAUUGUUCUUCUAUUACACCAUCUUUAAAUGACGAUAUGACACUUUUGUUUAUUGCAUCUAAAGAAGGUGGAAUUUUUGUAUUUCCAAAUAUGCCAGUUAUUUCAAAAAAAUCAAUUGAUAUUUUUGGAGUUAAACUUAAUCUCUUUGUAACUGAUGGAAAACCUAUUGUUCACGUAUGUUAUAUUCCAAAAACAUCAAAUAUUCUUUUAAUAGAUUGUGAUGGCUCAGCAUCUAUUUUCACACUCAAAUAUUAA